GGAGGGCGUUUGCUCUCAGUGAACAUCACAACUCAGCUGCUGCAGUCAGGGCAUCAAUUUUGUAUAGGCGUUGAGUGCAGUGCCAGAGCGUUCCCCUCUCUUUACCGCUGACCAUGGAGAGCAGCUCGCGUCUCGCUCGACCACAGAGAGAGUGAUGGGGAGCGACACGAUACUAUUGGCAUGUCCGCGUCCGAUUCUAGCGCAGCGCUGCUCAGCUGCAAGAGUUCUGCUGAUUCCUACACGAGUAGACCAUCGGAUUCCGACCUGUCCCAGGAGGAGGACAAGGAGGCGUCUCGGCGUGAGGCCGAGCGCCAGGCCCUGCUCCAGCUCGAGAGAGCCAAGACCAAACCAGUGGCGUUUGCAGUGAGAACCAAUGUCAGCUACUGCGGGGCUCUCGAUGAAGACUGUCCGGUUCAGGGUGCUGCCAUCAACUUUGAAACCAAAGAUUUUCUACACAUAAAAGAGAAGUAUAAUAAUGACUGGUGGAUCGGGAGGCUGGUGAAGGAGGGGGCAGAUAUUGCCUUCAUCCCCAGCCCUGUUAAACUGGAGGCCAUGCGGAUCAAGCAGGAACAGAAAGCAGCUCAGAGGAAAAUGGGUGGAAAUGCUUCAUCUGGUGGUUGGAGGUCUACUCCUCCUUCUGCAGCCAAACAGAAGCAGAAGCAGACAGAGCACGUUCCACCCUAUGAUGUAGUUCCAUCCAUGAGGCCUGUUGUUCUGGUUGGCCCCUCGCUGAAAGGCUAUGAGGUGACUGAUAUGAUGCAGAAAGCCUUGUUUGACUUCCUGAAACACAGGUUUGAUGGGAGGAUUUCUAUCACAAGAAUGACUGCAGAUCUGUCUCUGGCCAAGAGGUCUGUACUGAACAAGAAAGCUAUCAUGGAGAGGUCAAACACACGUUCCAGUCUGGCCGAGGUGCAGAGUGAGAUUGAGAGAAUAUUUGAACUGGCUAAAAGCCUGCAGUUGGUGGUCUUGGAUGCAGAUACUAUCAACCACCCCACACAGCUUCUCAAGACCUCCCUCGCCCCCAUCAUUGUCUACGUCAAAGUGUCCUCUCCAAAGGUUCUUCAAAGACUCAUUAAGUCCAGAGGGAAAUCUCAAAGCAAACAUCUCAAUGUGCAAAUGAUGGCUGGAGAUAAACUAGCACAGUGCCCACCAGAAAUGUUUGAUGUUAUACUGGAUGAGAAUCAGUUAGAGGAUGCCUGCGAACACCUGGCCGAAUACUUAGAUAUAUACUGGCGUGCCACUCACCUGCCAGGCUCCGCCCCCCUGAACCCUCUAGUGGAGCAAAAUGUAGUUACACCACCCUCAGCCAACUCUAGCCAACAGUUCUCAGAGACGCAGGAGCUAAUUGAAUGAGCACUACCACAAAUUAGGAGUGACACAGAACAUUCCAGAAAGACCCCCAGAAUAUUCCUCAAAGGCCAGCCACUCACUGCCCCAGAAUGAGACGGGGCUCAGAGCAGCUGCCCCCCUGAUGAGAAAGAGGAGGAACGGAGGGAUGGAGAAAGAGGACCAGCGGAGAAGUGGACCAAUCCCAGCCUCACUGGCAGUGACAACACACACCCUCUACUAACCCUGCACUAACACAUGUGUCGUCCUUUACAUCUCAGGGCCACUCUGCUGCAGGCCUUCAGCCAACACACACACAAGUAUACACACAUUCAACUGGUCUGAAUGUCCCUGCUGAGCCCAACGCUGAGAUCAACAGGGGUUUCCCCAACCCCUUGGUGGUGCCAUCUGUCCGCCAGGUUCUGCCAGCCUGACUCUGGCACUGGCAUCAGAGCAUCCAUACCAUGCCCUCACAAAGAAAGGCCAAAUGGCUUUAUGUAGCACAACCCUCAAAUAACUAAUUCAUAUACUGAAACCACACUUGGGACUUUUUAACUGAAAACUUUUUUAUUUUCUGUUAUAUCCUGUUUCAUUUUUCUUGUGUCUUUUUAUCCACUGGAAACUUUAGGUUUAUGUCAACCAGGGCAAAUCAACUAGUAACUCAUCAGUAUUUCCAACCACACUGCACUACUAUCACCCUUUCAGAUCAAUGAAAAGCAGACCACAUGAAUGUUUGUACAUCUUUUGCCUAGAUCUCAGUAUUGCAUUAAACAGCCUAACAUAUUAUUUAUUUUGUCCAACAGUGGUUCUCAACUGAGACCUCGCAGUUCUGUUCUGAUUGGACACGUGAUAAAACUAUGCUAAAUGCACAGAAUAAAAUGCAACUAAUAUUAUAAUCAUGCAUAGUUAGGAUGAUAAGACUUGUUAAGUUUUAAAAGAAAAUUAUAUGGCAUUUUGAUGCAAAUUAAUCUAUAACCAGGUAAAUUAGGUAGAUACCAACAUGGAUACAUUGGAUGACAUGCUCUCAUCUUUAAAAUCAUGAACAAGCUGAAAAAAUAUUACCCCAAAUAUAUUAAACUUAAUUUGUAGUUAAGCGAAACAUGGUUUGUGCCCCAAUGUUUUA